AUUUCCAAUGGCUAGAUGAUAAAGGGUGUCAUAGAUUAUCUUAGACUGUUUGCACAUAGGAGAUUAUUUUCCGUAGACGGAAGUAUUUCUAAAGUUACUUGGCCUCAGAACGACUAUUUCCGUAAAUGUGAUAUACAGAAAUAUAGUGCAGAAAAAGAGCUUUCAAAUGACAUAUGAUAGUUCUACUGAGGUAUGGGGUCGAGAAAGAUCCACUCGAGAAUAUGAUCAAUAAUACGUAUCAGAAGUGAUUACAGUUAAUUGGACCCAAUUUUUUCUGAGAGCAUUUCUAAGGUCUGUCGAGCGGCGAAAAAUGUUCUCCUGUUCAUUCUGCAUCUAACCAUGUAUGUGUCGAUGGAAUUCAAGCAGGGGCCGAUUCCAUCAAAUAAUCGCCCCCGUCCUUUUAGUGAGAGAAAUACGUCACAGAUGAACAGCUUGUCCACGUAACGCGCUACUUCGCUGAUCAAGUUUUUUUUUCAUGUUUUUUACUUGAUAAAUCGGUAGGAGCACAUCACUAGACGCAGUUUUGCACGCUGAUUACGAAUCUGACUUUUUUUUCAAAAAAAGUGGAAUGUUCAUUUAAAAAGUUGAAAUUGAAAUUUUUUAAAAAGUUUAUUUUCAAUUUCUUCACCUAGACACUUUCUUUAAAAAAAUUGCAAUAUACAUCAUCGAAUAGAGAGUUCAAUUCUCUACAGAAUGGCUUACUCAGUUUUUGAGUUUUGAGGCUUUAAAAUGAUUUGUUUAUUCUAAAAUUAGAGUCAAUUUUUCUACAUGCUUAGAAAUGUGUGAAAAAAAUAUAUCAUAAUGUGUGUUACUUCGGAACUAGAUGUUUCUUUCAUAGAAUGUCAAAGAUCUGUAAGACGAUAAUCUACUUUGAAAUAUAACCGUAUGAAAACUGAUGAUUAUUCUUUUUUUUGCUCCUGUUACAACUAUUUAUGUGUAAAACACUAGUAUUUUAAUAAAUUUUCAUUUUUAUUCUCUUUUAAUUUAAGGGUCGUCAAUUACAAGAUGUAACAUUAGAAGAGUUAAAUUCAUUAUCAAUAAUGCACUUGGAUCAGAAUUUCAUUAAUCAACAUGGUAAUCAUUCUCAUUCACAUUUUUCUGAUGAUUCUGAUUACACAUCCGAUGUAUCUUAUCCAAUUAAUCAACAAGCCAAUUUAAAUUAUCCAAUGCCAUUAUCUCAAACUACAUCACAACCGUCUAAUUCUGUAACACCAACAAAUGAUUUAACUCAACAACAAUCACAAGUUCAACACUCUUCUCGUCUUGAUACAAAAGCAUUUGCUCGACCUAUUAUGCGUGAUAUUAGUACACCUUCGUCGCCGGCACAACGACGAGAACGUAUUUUAAAUCCGUCUAUAAAACAAGUUCGAUCAUUAACAACAUCAAAUACUAUUGAUCAAGAUCAAGAACCACUCUAUUAUGUUAGUCAACCACCGAUAAAAAGAAAUACAGCAGUAACAAAUUAUGAUCAAGAUAGUCCAAUAACAUUUUUAAGUCAUAGUCGGGAUUAG